AAAAAAAAAAAUAAAUAAAUAAAUAAAUAGUUAGAACAUUAAUGAUAAUUAAAGCCAGCUGUUCACUUUAACUUUAAGGGGAUCAAGAGGAGAAUAGUCUUAAAUAAUAGUUUCUUAAUAGUUCAUUAAAAUAAAAUAAAAAUGUAGCUGUCAAUAUAUAAUGAACUGUGGUGCUUUUAAUAUAAAAUGAAAGACUGAAAAUAUUUGUAACUGGUACAAAGUAAUCCAAUUCUCAUUUUAUAUUUUUUUGGAAAUUGUUCUUAUAAAGACUAAUGAUUAAACCAAGACAUUCCUGUUAAUGAACUGGAUUUAAAAAUGCUAUAAAUUAAUACACCGUGUGUAGAUCUUUUAUGCAUACAGUCCUUUUAUUUACAAACAGCUGAGGCAUAUAUAUUAUACAUUAUACAAAAUACUGAAGAAUGCUAGAAUUGACUUUGAUGCCCAUUUUUUGUUAAGUAUUUGCAGCAUCUUAUAUUCAUAAUGUUGCAGUAUACAUACAUUGUAGUUUAAAAUGAAAACUGUCUAAUUAGACAUAGGUCAACAUGAGCAAUUAUUAAAUGUUCUGGGAUGUGUAGAGUUGUGAAAACACCUGUUAAUUUAUUGGCUCAUUCAUUUUCGUGUUUCUGCCAGGAAACAGACUCAAACAAGAACAGCAGGAACAAUGUAUGUUUUUUACCGUACAUUUUGAAAACGUCACCCAUGUUACAGGAAUGUUGCUUGCCCUGUGCAUAUAAAUACAGGAGUCAAGAGCAGAGAAUUGCACCUUUGAGAUCUUGUCGUUUACAUCUCUGCAUUACUGAGCAGGUCUUGGGAACAGUUGCUGAACAGUUCUAGGCUAUUCCAAAAUGAUCUACAUCUUGAUUUUCAGUCUUUGCUGUCUCACAGCUCGGGCUCUGUACCUUCCCCUGGAUUACUCACCGGCUGUAGGCAGGGGUUCUGGGAAUUCUUUCACAUCUUCUGGGGAAGACCGUAUCACUGGAGUCCGAGUGUGGGAGACCAGCGGAAGCCACAUCAGAGGAUUACAGCUCAAAUAUGACUACACCUGGACACCUGUUUUUGGUCGGAGUCUCAACGAGCAACAGGAGAUGUUGCUAUUUGAUGAUGAGGCCAUUGUGCAGAUCUCAGGGAAAUACAAUCCUGGAAACUAUGUCUAUCAACUGAUGUUCGUCACAAACAGAGGACGCUUUCUCAUCGCUGGCCAGCCCAUUGGCACAUCUUUCAACUUCUAUCCCAAUCAUAGGCAGGGUGAGCUGCGACUGAUCAGCGGGAGGAGCGAUUCUAAUGGCAUCACCUCCAUUGCUGCACUCUGGGCAACAGCCUACCCUGUAGCACCAAACGUCCCACCCAGCAGAAAUGAAUCCAUGUUGGCACUUUCAUAAUCGUUUCAAAUCCAUCGUUCAUUAUGUUUACCAUUUAUGAAAUAGGUAUGUUGCUUUCCUUUCUCGAUGUAGCUGCUUUGCUUCGAUUAGCCUAGAAAUGUCACAUACAGUACCACUGCUACCCGAUCGCAAGGAAUGUGUGAAUGCAGAGUGCACAAAACAAAUUAUGUGUUUUCACAUCAUAUAUUUACAACCUCUAUUGAUUGAUCUUGACUUAACAUUUAAAAUAUGUGUCAACCAGUCAGUCCAGUUCAAGUUAAAUGACUGGGGAUGAGUAGUGAGACCAUUGUUUUAUUCCAUUUUACCUUUUAAAUACAUACGCUCUUACCCAGAGGAACACAAACACAAGUGUAAAGAUAAAGAAUUAAAGCGUGGUUAUUCCCCAGAGGGCGAAAGCACAGUCCUAACAGAGACAGCAAAGUGCAAGCAGUGCAGACUCAAUUGACAACUUUAGAACUACCCUAUUGAACAUCAAACUAAGUUACACAAACAAGAACCAAACAACUUGACUGACAACUAAAUUGCAUUACAUGAAAAAUAGCAAAGGGCUCAUUACAAAAAAGAGAAAGACAAGAAAAAGGAGCUUUAUCUAGUCAGGUGUUAGGGAUAUGUAAACGUGAUAGAAAAAGGCAGGGUGACGGAAUCAAGGUGCAGUGUUAAGAAGUGGGUCUUUAGUCUGUGUCAGAAGAUGGCCAAAAUCUCAGCUGUUCUGAUUGCCCAUGGAAACUGCAGUAUAUUGAUGAUGAUGGUGGAGAUUGAAUGGUGGAGAAAAAUCACCCUGAUUUAUCCAGGGACAUUGCAGUGCCUUUCUUGUGCAAAUAAUUUGUUAAUGCCCAGCUUGGAUUUACACAUUCAAUCAGAAAUCAAAAAUUUGUGAGAUGAUUGACAGAAACUUUUUAUGGUUGUAGUACAUGACUAGUUUCAAUAACAUCUGUAACUGAUGCCAAUUUGAUAAUUUACAGUACAUCAGCAAGGCAAACUUUUAAAUCAGUUGUGAUGGUGUUUCCUUGAAGAACAAAUAAAAUAUGGAAAAUGUAAUUAUCUAUGCCAUCGAUUGGUUCAUCAGUAACUACAUGAUAUGUUCAGUUGUUUGAUUAAUUUUCUCAUUUGUUAUUUUUUGUAAAGCAGCAAUCUGCAGGAUAUACUGUACUGUAGCCAUGUAGCUGAUGAAAUUGCCAUUUCUUACAUUUGUUUAAGAUUAUCCUCUUUUUCCAGUGUAAUAUAUACAUUUAUGUACACACUUCAUUUAUUUUAUAACAGGCUGUCUUUUCCCCUGCUGACAGAUGAUUCCCCCUUGGUGUUGAUCUCAUAUCUUGACUGGUGUUUGUUUGUUUUUAAUUGUCUAUUGUUUUUUUUUACUUUCUUUGUAUACUUUAUUGUUGCAUUGAAAGUUGUCCAAAAAUAAAUUAAAUCUCUAUUAGG